GCAGAAUAUUUUUCUUCUGGCAUAGGGUAAACGAGCCUCCUCUUCAUCUUGGUUUCAUUUCCUGCAGAAGGCUGGAGAUAUUACAGCGAACUAUGUUUUCUUUCAAUCUGGACUUUGACUUUCUUGAGCUGUUCCUCAAAAGGAAAGACGGCUUUCCAGCUUCAAAACACAUUACAGGUAAAACCACUGGUGUGCAAAUCUGGUAAUCAAGGAUGCCUUCGAUACCGGCUUUCGUAACCCGUUACUUCACCAAGGAACAAUCAAAACCACCACCAAUCAGCACUAGAACCGCGGUCUUCCUGCUUGUAAUCUACACGCUCAUAUACGUGGUACCGUUUUACCUUUUGCCCACUACCAGACCAUCUCGUACUCUAUCGCGGGAUGCGCCAUCUGUCAUCCGUGCGCGGAUAACCUCGGUCUCAUUAACCUGCAUCGCAUGCUCUACCAUUACCUAUGUGAUAUUAACAUCACUGGACCGAGCCACGGCAGCUGAAGCCCUGCAUGCGCUAGGAUACUGGCCGGUCGGCCUCGCAGAGGCGGCGAAAUGCCUCCUUCUCACCGCUAUCCUCUUCACCGGGCCGCUCUACGAGCGUCUAGUUGUUGACGAAGGAUGGCGAGACUGGUUAUCCUUACAGCCGCUGUCUGACCUCUUUGGUGAGUUGACGACAUGGCGUAACAUUGUAGCAGGCCCCUUCACGGAAGAAAUGCUCUUUCGCUCGGCAUCAGUGCCACUCAUGCUUGCAGCCCAGGCUUCUGUGACUACCACGGUCUUCUUGUCGCCUCUAGUAUUUGGGCUUGCGCACUUACAUCAUUUCUACGAGUUCCGCAUCACGCAUCCACAUGUGCACAUCUCAUUCGGGCUUUUGCGCUCCUUGAUGCAGCUAGGUUACACGACACUGUUUGGUGCCUAUGCUACAUUUUUGUUCCUGCGUUCUGGCAGCUUAAUAGCCGUAUUCGUAGUUCACGCUUUUUGUAAUUGCAUGGGUUUACCACGCGUCUGGGGCCGAGUCUAUCCCGCUGUUGUCGAUGAGAGGGGGCAGUCAUUUCGACCUUCUGAUAUGUGGACCGUAGUAUACUACGUAUUGUUAUUUGCCGGCGCAGCAGGGUGGUAUAAAAGCUUAGGCCCACUGACGGAGAGUGCCAACGCUUUGAUCUCCGUAGAUAUAUGAUAGUUAGGUCUAGGUACCUAGAUAGGCGAUUUAUUAAACUGGAUGAGUGCGGUCACAAAUAUCAAAUACUGUAGGUAUUUUAGUCACUUUGUUACAUAGUAAUUUUGACCACGAUAUUACAAAAUCUUGAUAUAGAAUUUACCUUUCUCAAUCCAUUAUAGCACUUCUCAGCACCUCUAGCAAAUCGUUACUCCGAUAUAUACUAGCCAAUAUUGUAGAACUUAGCCCUUCUUAAAGCUAUCCUUGAAAAAAGUUCACUAGCCUACCU